GGAGGAAGAGGAGGAGGAGGAGGAGGAAGAGGAGGAAGAGGAGGAGGAGGAGGAGGAAGAGGAGGAGACUGGCCUAUGACCAGAGAGAAUAGUACCAUACGCUGCAGUAAGGGUUCUCGAUGUUAUGGCCUGUGGGAGAAGACUAGAGAUGGAGAGAUACACCUGGUCAAACAGGGUUGCUGGACUCACAUCGGUGACCAGCAGGAGUGCCAUGACGACCGUUGCGUGGUUACGACCACUCCGUCUCAGAUUCAGAACGGGACGUACAGGUUCUGCUGCUGCGGCACCGACAUGUGUAACGUCAACUUCACCGAGGACUUCCCCCCGCCCAGCCCCACCUCUGCUCAGCCAUACCCGCGGCCGUUGUACCGCGAGGAGACCAUCGUGAUCGCCCUGGCGUCUGUCUCCAUAGUAGCGGUGCUGAUCGUGGCGCUGUUCUUCGGGUACCGCAUGUUGAGUGGAGACAGGAAACAGGGACUACACAACAUGGACAUGAUGGAGGCUGCAGCCUCAGAACCCAGCCUCGACCUGGACGGCCUUAAACUACUAGAGUUGAUUGGUCGUGGGCGGUAUGGCUCCGUGUAUAAAGGUUCUCUAGACGAGCGUCCCGUGGCGGUCAAGGUGUUCACCUACCAGAACCGCCAGAACUUUGUCCAUGAGCGAGCCAUCUACCGUGUCCCCCUGCUGGAGCACGAUAACAUCGCACGCUUCAUCGUCGGAGACGAGAGACUCACAGCCGACGGACGCGUGGAGUACCUACUGGUCAUGGAAUAUUACCCUCAUGGUUCUCUGUGUCAGUACCUGAGUCUGCAGACGGGAGACUGGGUCAGCUGUUGCCGCCUCACACUCUCUGUCACACGGGGGCUGGCCUACCUUCACACUGAGCUGCUGAGAGGAGAACUCUACAAGCCAGCCGUAUCUCACAGGGACCUAAACAGCAGGAAUGUUCUAGUAAAGAACGAUGGGACGUGUGUGAUCAGUGACUUUGGUCUGUCCAUGAAGCUGACGGGGAACAGACUGGUCAGGCCUGGAGAGGAGGAGAACGCUGCCAUCAGUGAGGUGGGUACGGUCCGAUACAUGGCCCCAGAGGUUCUUGAAGGGGCGGUGAACCUGAGGGACUGUGAGUCGGCUCUGAAGCAGGUGGACAUGUACGCCCUGGGGCUGAUCUACUGGGAGACCUUCAUGAGGUGUACUGACCUCUUCCCAGGAGAGGCGGUGCCUGACUACCAGAUGGUGUUCCAGGCAGAGGCAGGGAACCACCCUUCCUUUGAGGACAUGCAGGUGCUGGUGUCCAGGGAGAAAGAGAGGCCCAAGUUCCCCGAGGCCUGGAAGGGGAACAGCCUGGCGGUUCGUUCCCUGAAGGAGACCAUGGAGGACUGUUGGGACCAGGAUGCUGAGGCCAGGCUGACGGCUCAGUGUUCAGAGGAGCGAAUGGCUGAACUCCUGCUGAUCUGGGACCGGACCAAGUCCGUCAGCCCCACGGUUAACCCCAUGACCACCACACUGCAGAACGAGAGGAACCUGUCUCACAGCCGCAGGGGUCCUAAAGUCAGCCCUUACCCCGACUACUCCUCCUCCUCCUACAUCGAGGACCACGAGGGCCACACGGUGAAAAAUUUCCCCGUUGGAGACACCUCUAUGUCGUGGACCUCCUCCAUCGGCAUCCUAGGGGGAAGCAACAGUGCCCCCGCAGGCCCAGAGAAGAACCGGAACUCCAUCAACGCCGAGCGUCAGCAGGCCCGUCUGCCCGGCCCGGAGAGCAGCGGCGCCAGCCUCUCCACCACCACGGGGUUCACUCCCAACACCGUCAUGACCUCCAUCUCUGAGUCAGGACACGGGGAGGACUCCUCCAGCACGCUAGGUGGCGCUGUGUUGGUGCCGGUGUGUCUGCAGCUGACCCAGGAGGACUUAGAGAGCACCAAACUGGACCCAAAAGAAGUUGACAAGAACCUGAAGGAGUCUUCUGAUGAGAACCUUAUGGAGCACAGCCAGAAACAGUUCUCUUCUCCAGACCCCCUCAGCUGUAGGUCUUCCUCCCUGCUCUACCCUCUCAUCAAGCUGGCUGAGGAGGUGACUGGGACUGGAGCCGGGGCCCAGGGAGGGUCUGGGAACGGGACCAGUGGGAUGGGGGACCCUCCAGCUACUAUGUUCCCCCUGCCCAAACAGCAGAACCUCCCCAAGCGGCCUAGCAGCCUACCACUCAGCACCAAGACCAAGCAGGGGUCUGGUUCCUCCUGGUUAAAGUCUGGGAAACAUAAAUCUAACCUGAAGCAGGUAGAAACGGGCGUGGCCAAAAUGAACACGGUCUCCCCGGUAGCAGAGCCACACCUGGUUACCGUUACCAACAACGGAACAACCGGGAUUGGCUAUCUGAACGGAGGUGUGGCCUCUUCGUCUGGAGGCGGGGCUCCGUACGGGAUGACCAAUCUGGCGAGCUUCCAGAGUGAGGUGGGCGGAGUAGCCCCCCUGUUGCAGACCCAGCUCAGCGGAGACGACAGUAGACUCAACAUCAACUGUAGUCCUGAUGAACAUGAACCCUUGCUAAGUAGAGAGUUGCCCGCAGCAUGUGACCAGAGAUCAACCAAUCAUCUGGCGGGCUGCACCAACAACAACAACAACAAUAACAGUCUGGUGAUGGGCGUGGCUAGCAGAGGGAUCACAUGUCCACCUGAGGCCCCUGUACACCAGGAGGCUGCCCAGCUCCGACAGCCCAAACCCAGACGACCUGAGAGACCCUGCUCCCUGGACCUCUCUGCCUCCUUCUCUUCACACAACAGCUGCUCAGGUGAUGGCUCGUCACCGGGUGACCACGGAGGGUCAGGUGACAAGAUCAAACGCCGCGUCAAGACACCUUACUCCCUGAAGAGGUGGCGUCCCACCACCUGGGUGGUCUCCACGGAUACCCUGGUGGGCGAGGUGAACAACAAGAACAACAAGGAUGCUGCUGCCAUGACUUCUGACCCCUGUGACCCUGGCAUGACCUGCCUGUGAACCCUGACCCCUGGGUGUGUGGGUAGAGGGACUGGCUAGAUGAAAGGGAAGGGGUGUUCAUAAGCACCAGCUCAUAGCCAAAUAGCUGACUACUAACUAACUCUUAUGUGACCAGCUACUUCGGGGACUUGAACAAAUUAGGGUGCAUCAAAUCAAAAUCAAAUCAAAUGUAUUUAUAUAGCCCUUCGUACAUCAGCUGAUAUCUCAAAGUGCUGUACAGAAACCCAGCCUAAAACCCCCCAAACAGCAAGCAAUGCAGGUGUAGAAGCACGGUGGCUAGGAAAAACUCCCUA